AUGUCGCUUGCUGAACUAGCUUCGAUCCACCCUACAGCCGGGGGCCAGUAUCACUUUGUCGCCUACCUGCAGAAAAGAUCACCCGCCUUCAACUGGUUUGCUGGGUACAUCACUACGCUAGGCUGGAUUUCCUUUGCCGGAAGCGCGCCUUUCAUUGCCGGGACUCAGAUACAGGGUCUUCUUGUGCUGAACUACCCCGACUCCUACACUUUCGAACGAUGGCACGGUACUCUGCUGUACUGGGCAGUCCUUGUAUCCUCUGCAAGUGUCUGCGUGCUCUGCAGCCGCAUCCUACCAUUGCUCGAGAAAAUCACCAUGGGCUUACACAUUGGGUUCUACGCCGCCAUUCUAAUCGCCAUGGUCGUUGUCUCCCCAGAGAAGCACUCGGCAGCGUUCGUCUUUACAACAUUCGAGAACAACUCGGGCUGGUCGAACGACGCAGUCGCGUGGUGCAUCGGCCUUUUGAGCAGCUGCUACGUCUUGGCCGGGUACGACGGCGCCACCCACCUCAGCGAGGAGAUGGACGAUGCGGCGGUCGGGGUGCCCCGCGCAAUGGUCGGCUCCGUCCUGAUCAACGGGGUGCUGGGCUUCACGUUCCUGAUUGCGUUGCUGUUCUGCAUGGGCGACGUUGCCUCCGCGCUCGCCACCUCGACCGGGUUCCCCAUCAUCCAGAUCUUUUACAACAUCACCGGGAGCCUGGCCGCGACGAAUGCGAUGACCGCCGCUAUCACAUUCAUGGCGAUCGUGUCCACGGUGCCGCUGCUGACUUCGGCGGCUCGAAUAAUGUGGGCGUUUGCAAGUGACCAGGGACUUCCUUUCGCCUCCGUCAUCUCCAAGAUCGAGGAGAAGCGCGGCAUCCCGACGGUGUCAAUCACAGUCACGACCUGUCUCCUCGUUCUCCUGGGGCUCGUCAACAUUGCUUCGACGACCGGGUUCAACGCCAUCCUGUCGCUUGCUGUGGCCACCCGCGCCUGGCCUGCUUUGCCUCAGCGCCGCGCCAGCAAUGAGAAAUAUGAGCGUCUGCGUGGCAAUGGUGCCGGAAUCGUGCGGGAUCGUCCCGAGAAUGUCGAGAAUCUCGAACGCGAGCCCUAG